AUUUACUUAAGGGGUUAAAAUUAAAAGGUCAAGCACUGUUUUUUAAUUAUGUAUUAUUGACAUCGAGAUUGACACUGAUGAAAACUUCAAUAAAGUAUUGCAUUGGUGUUGCAUUUUGUGUCUUUGUGUAAGCUAUUAGCUGGCAUUACAAUGUAAGCCAUUAAAAUUUAUGCAGAUAGUACAAUUUAUUUUCAUACAUGCAUCACAAGGGUCCUUUCGUUUUGGUUGCCUGGAUAAUGCUCUGCCAUGCAUCGAGUUGCCGAAAAUCCGCCUCUUCAAAAGCAUUACCACGUGACUUUCCCCAGCAACCAGGGAUGUCUUCAGAUCCGCACGGUGGAAGGUGCUGGAUCUGAAUGUCUGUAGAGCCGAGUGUAAAACGAGUCUACAGUAGAUUAAAAAGUAAUUUGAUUCUGACCUUCACUUUCUUGAUGGUUCGAUUACUCGGCCAGGGGUUCUGUUCGUUCAGGCGUUGCAAGUACUCGGCAUGAAACCUGCAAGCAAUGAUUUUAAUGUAACUGCGCACCUGCUGAAAUCAUGAGUCACCUAAAUUCUAGUUUCUUAUCAGCCUAUAACAGCCUUGCGGACAAGCACCUGGCUGGGUACUUUAAUAACACAAGGAUAAGGCGGCACCUUCAGCGAGCUGGACUGAUCACUCGAAGUGGGGGCAUUGUUCCAGAGAAGGAGCUCAGGCUCAAACUUAUCCGGAGGGACCACCAGCGACGCAUAAGAGCGUGCCUGUCCCAGGCCAUAUUCCACAAGGUGCUCGAUAUCGAGCGUCAUCGUAGGAUAGAAAUCAAAAGGAAGCUGGAGGAUUUUGCACGGAAGGAGCAUGUGCAUAAAAUGAAGGUACAACAUUCCAAAAGGCACAGUGAAGGUAUUGUGCCCUUGAUAUCUCCGAAGCCACCACCAGGGCCCCGGAACAAACACGCUCUGCAUUCUGGGACAGAGGGGGAGCAGUCCGAGUCCUCCUUAUCACCCGGCUCCUCCCAGCCCAGUUCAGCCCCCGGGAGACGGCAGAGGCCCGUCCGACUCCAGCCCCUCUACAGCAACAGCACCACCGCCUCCACCCAGAGGGCCCCCCACUGCUGCAGAUGCAAGGACUCCUCCGAUGACACCGAACCAUACCGCUGCAGCACGCUCAACAGGGAGACCAGGAGACAUGGGACCAUGCCUGAGUUCACCAGUGGGAUAUCCCCCUACCGGCUUCCUGUCAUCAACAAUUAUGUGAUGCCAAUACCCCCUCCAGCCAAUAGGAGUGAGAGGAGUUCCAAAGGCACUACUAACGGAAGGACAAGAGGCAGAAGCCUGCGGCCCACCACUGCCCCGGACGUUCCUGCAGUCACAAAGGACUCUAGGUUCCACAAGACAGCGGUGCACAGCAACGUGUCGGUCACCAUGACGUUCUAUGGAAAGGCGGUUCACCUGAUUCCCGACACAGUGGACAGGAGGGACGAGGUCAGGGUCUUCCAGCAACACUGCGGAGGGGAGAAUGUCUGCGUCUACAGAGGCAAGCUGGCAGAAGGAGAGGCCUUCCAGUUUGUCUCCAGGAGGCACCUGGGCUUCCCCUUCAGCCUCACCUUCUUCCUGAACGGCAUGCAGGUGGAGCGGCUCAGCUCCUGCUGUGAGUUCCGACACCGGAGGGGAUCCCGUCUGGGAGGGAAACGCGGCCAAUUCGGAUUCACCGUCGUGGACGGCGCCUCCCCGUGCUACAAGUGCAUCAUUGCCUUGGGUUUGGACAAGAAGCCAACCCCUCCCCCGAGGAGACUCCAUAGUGACACAGGCACUGCAGACACAGCAGGCAGUUCCUCCUUGCAGAUGGCUGUGGUGAGCAGAAAGGCCAGGGCAGUGGAGGCGGUGGAGCACCCCCAGUCCCGCCCAGAGUCCAGGCUGGGUCAGGCCGAGCACCACGCCGUGGAGUCCGAAGCACAAGAGGUCCAUCCUGAGGAGAAUGAGCAGGGAGCCCAAGAUGACUAUGAGGAAGACUUUGAAGAGGAAGAUGAAAGAGUGGAUGAAGAUGCGGAGAAGACGAGAGCCUGUGCUCUGGUGAACGGGGUGUCCUCUUGCCCCUCUCAGGAGGGUGGAGAUUCCCACUCUGACAGCAAAGAGGAUGAAGUGCAGGACCACCAUGAGAGGGAGGAUGAUGACGAAUGCAGGUACUCUGACAGUGAGGCAGAAGAGGAAAAAGCCAUUCACUGCAUCUGCCCCACAGAAGAGAAGAAAUCUGCAUCUGUCUCCUCGGGGAGCAUCUCCCCCUUCUCAAGCAGUAGGAAGGAAGACCCAGACAGUGAGGCAGAGGAGGUCAAGGAAGCCAUUAAGGACAGUGGAGUCGACCCCUACUCUGGAGCCGAUUACCCGACAGAGCUGGGGAGAAAAGGACAGGCUGUCCAGGAUCCCAAAACAGGCCAGGGAGGAGACACCGCCGCACCUGCACUUAGAGACAAGUCAAAGGAAGAAGAGCACCUGGCUCUGGGGGCUGCUGGGAACACCAAAGACCAGCCCGACGCAUACUCUCACCCCACCUCAAUGAAAGAGCUGGACAGCGAGACACAGGAAGUUCAUGGAAGUGAUGCAAGUGAGGCUAGUUUGGAGGAGUCGGACAGUAGCAUGCCAUCGGAGGAGAAAGAAGCCACAAAAUGGAGUGGGGCAAAGCCAGAGAAGGACACUGGGGAAACUCAGAGUGCCAAGUCUGUACAGGAAAAGCUCACUGCAGCCGUAUCCAAGGAAACCCACAUCAGCUCAGAACUAGAAAUGAGUGACAGCAGCUCUGAUGGGGAUGAACCGCCCACCAUAGACCCAGACAGAACACCGGAGCCGGACCAAACUGAUACAGGUGUGGAGGCAGCGGCUGUUGCAAAGAAGAGGAAUGCUGAGGAGAGGGCAGUGAGCAGCGACGGGGCUCUGAAUAUCUCCACUGUGGAUCCGACUCCACAAGAAGGAGAACUCGGCACUCUGGAAAUGGGAGGAGAACAAGAAGCAGACCAGCGGACAGAGGAGGCACAUCCUGACAUGGAGGUUGAGGAGGCGGCGGCAUUAGGGGACAGGGAUCUGCGGUCAGAAGAGCCAACGAAGAAGGGGGAAGAGUCUGAAGAGGAAGCACAAAAGAGUGGAAAUAGCAGUACAGGGACAGACUCACAGGCAGAUUGCGCUGAAACAGAGACGGUAGGCCUCGCUGCGGGAGAAGGAGAUCGGACAGACCAGAUGGCAGAAGACAGUGGGACCCUGACUGAAGCUCCAGACCUCAAGGCACAGGUUAUGGAAGAAAAGAAAGUGAAAGAGCAUGAGACUGAGAAAGGACAAAAAGAGGGCACAGAGUCGACUGUCCCUACUGAGGCCACUGCCUUCGUCUUAGAGAAGCAGGAUGUGAAUGCAGAGGACACUGGCGAGGACGAGGACAUGGUGGAAAAGGCUGAGGACACAGAGGCACUGUCGGAUGCUGCAGUCACAGUGGCUGGAACCAGAGCAGAACAUCCUACAGAGACAGCUGAGAUCAGUAAUGCAGAAGAGGAUACAGAAGCUGAGCAGGAAACAACUGACAGUGCGAAUGGAGAGGCAGAGAUGAUGGAUGGAGGAAAGGACAGAGCUGAGGGAGAAAAUGAAGAGGAGGCCGAGACCCCAGCGGAAAAACCUAAAGAUGAAGUGGGGGAGGAAGAUGGAGGGGAAGCACAGACUGGGACAGGUGACACUGAUUCCAAAACAGAAAUGACCGAUGAUGCAAACAAUGAGAAAGUGGCAACUAUGCUGGAGGACAGUGAGGCUGCAGACAUUCCUGUGGAAGAAGCUGAGAAAAUCAGUUGGGGGACUAAUGCAACAGAAAAGGAGAACACAGAAGGGGAAUCCAGUGUUGGCGAGAAAGACAAGGGACUCAAGGGUGAAAGUAAGGCAGCUGAAUUGCUUGAGGAGAUGAGUGCAAAAGAGAAGGAGCCUGUAAGGUACACUGAAGCUGAGGCAAAUGGGUUAGAAACUCAGAUUAAGGAAGGAGAGAUGGAAGAGAUGGAAUCCACAGGAGAGGCAAUUGAGGAGGCCCCAGUGGGAGUAGUGCCCAAGCGUGAGAUUGAUGAAGAGCCUACCGUAGACCAAAAACUGGGGGGGAAAUCCAGGCCCGGUGAGACCAACAUGACACCAGCUUCAGCACAGGAAGCUGAGACUCUACCAGAGGAAACUCUGGAUAUGACCGAAGGGACACUGUUAGAGGUAGAGUGCACAGAGAGAAGCAUCAAGAAUGGAGACACUGUGGACCAGGGAAAGGGAGAGGAGGCUGUAGAAUCCUCAAGGCCGAGGACGAUGGCUCACCCGGAUGAGCGUGACCUGUUGAAUACAGAGACCGGAGGGCUGGAAGUGGAAACUGAGACUGAAGUACCUGGAGACGGUAUUGACGUUGUUAAGGGCGAUGCUGAUAUGAAAGAGGAAGAGCAAAAGGUCAAAGCUGCGGUAGGGCCUGGGGUCGGAACAACGCCGGAAGAGAAUGAGGUAAAUAUUGACACCCCGGGUCUCCCAGAUGAAAGUCCUAGCCAGUCAAAGCUGCAGGAAAAGACGAGGGUGGUUAAAUCAGAUGUCACAGGCGCUGGACUCCAGCCAAAAUCAGAAGAUCACCGGUCAGGUCACCAGGCCUCACAACUAGAAGAAAUUGAGGAGGUCGACAAAGAAGCUCCCGAAGUGGAUGCCGAUGUGACCGAGUGCAAUGUAGAUGGGAGCGAAGGCAAGUUGGAAGACUCUUGGGUGAACACAGACCAUAGAGAUCCCCAUAGUCAGGAUGAAGGCUCAUUGAACAGCACAGACAUCGGUGGGGAGGGCAGUGAGAAUGUGAACGGUGAAGGGACGGGCAUCUCACACAAACCAGGAGGUGCUGCUCUUGAAGUAGAGGGCACUGCAGCCGAAUCCACGGCGGACGGGGAUGAAGACAGGCCUGAGGAGGAGCAGAGAAAGAUGGGUGAGGAGGAAGAGGUGACUGCGGGGAGGAAAGAGGGGCGAAACGCAGCCGCUCUAGAGAGCACCUGGAACGCAGCAAAUAGCAGAGUGGACUCUAAGCAGUCAGUGUCCCGUUCCAAAAGUGAGCUCGGAAAAGGAGCGAAAUUUCCCCCGCCGCUGAUUAGGAGAAGUAGAAGCUACGCACUAACGAUUGCAAGGGAGGGGCUGAGCCUGCAGACACUUGCAGUGAGUGACCGUGAGAGAGAAAGCCCUCUUGCGUAUGCACAGACAGCAGCUGCAAUCACGGGGAAUGCCUUUACAGCAUCAAAUCAGACACUUCAAAGCAUCACAACCAAGGUGACAGAGGACUUGUGAUUCCUAAAUGCACAGUAACAGCAAGGGCUUUGAUGGACUUUGACUUUGAUGGACUUUGGCCUGUUCAGAGUGAAAACUCAAGAUUUUUUUGUGCUGUAUUUCACAGAAUUGUAACUGUAAAUAGUGUGGGUGUAAUGUGUAAAUACCUUGCAGAAUGAAAUUGAACAAAAAUCACAAAAACGGGGGAGGGAGUCAAAGCUCACACCCAGUUAUCCAGCAGUUACCUGUUUCUGAUGAGCUAGCUGUUGUGAAAGCGUUGGUCGUGCAGAGAGAGAGAGAGAGAGAGAGAGAGAGAGAGAGAGAGAGAGAGAGAGAGAGAGAGAG